AUGGCUCACCGCCUUCUCGCACAAGUCGUCAUCGUCGGCACCCAGGUCUUUGGCCGUGCCUUCGUUCAAGCAUGGAAGCAGGCAGCGGCCAACUCAAGAGCAGCCGGUGCUGGUGCUGCUGCGGCGACAGGGACCGGAAAUGCAGUUAAGGAUGCGAUUACCAGGCAAACUGGACUUACCGCCGACGAGGCUUUUCAGAUCCUGAAUGUGGAGAAGGGCAAUUUCAAUUUGGAUGAGAUCAAAUCAAGACAUGACAAACUGUUCGACAUUAACGAUCCAAAGAAGGGUAGUGGAUCUUUGUACUUGCAAUCGAAGGUGGUGCGGGCGCUUGAGAGAUUACAAAUGGAAAUCGCACAGAAGGAGGCAGAAAACGCGGCGGAAGGAAAGCCAGCAGAAGAUGCACAGGGUGGAUCAGGUUCGGGGCCCUCUCAGCCGUCAGCAUGA